CAGCAGCGGUCCCUUCAACGAGGUGGUGCAGAUGAACUUCGAGAUCGCCAGCUUCAGCAGCCUCUCGGGGACGCAGCCCAUCGCCUGGCAGGUGGAGUACCCGAGGAAGGGGACCACGGACAUCGCCGUGUCGGAGAUCUUCGUCAGCCAGAAGGACCUGGUGGGCAUCGUGCCCUUGGCCGCGGACACGGAAAUUCUGAACACCGCCGUCCUCACAGGGAAGACGGUGGCCUUGCCCGUCAAGGUGGUCUCCGUGGAGGAGGACAGCACCGUGACGGACAUCUCCGAGUCGGUGGAGUGCAAGUCCGCGGACGAGGAUGUCAUCAAAGUGUCUGACCGCUGCGACUACAUCUUUGUCAAUGGCAAAGAGAUAAAGGGCAAGAUGGACGCGGUGGUGAACUUCACGUACCAGUACCUGAGCGCCCCCCUGCACGUCACCGUGUGGGUGCCCCGGCUACCCCUGCAGAUCGAGGUCUCUGACACGGAGCUCAGCCAGAUUAAGGGCUGGAGGGUCCCCAUCGUGGCCAGUAAGAGGCCCACCCGGGAGAGCGAGGACGAGGAGGAGGAGGAGGACAGGCGAGGCCGGGGCUGCGCCCUCCAGUUCCAGCACGCCACCGUGCGGGUCCUCACCCAGUUUGUGUCCGAGGCGGCCGGCCCCUGGGGCCAGCCCGGCCAUCUGCUUGGUCCCGACUGGCAGUUCGACGUCACGCACCUGGUGGCAGACUUCAUGAAGCUGGAGGAGCCUCGCGUGGCCACGCUGCAGGACAGCCGGGUCCUGGCCGGGCGGGAGGUCGGCAUGACGACCAUCCAGGUGCUGUCCCCACUGUCCGACUCCAUCCUGGCAGAGAAGACGGUCACCGUGUUAGAUGAGAAAGUGUCGGUGACGGACUUGGCCAUCCAGCUCGUGGCCGGGCUGUCCGUCACCCUCCACCCCAACGCGGAGAACAGCAAGGCCGUCACAGCUGUGGCCACGGCGGAGGAGCUUCUGCGGACCCCCAAGCAGGAAGCCGUGGUCAGCACGUGGCUGCAGUUCAGCGACGGCUCGGCGACGCCCCUGGACAUCUACGACACCAAGGACUUCUCCCUGGCGGCCACCUCCCAGGACGAGGCGGUGGUGUCGGUGCCCCAGGCCCGCUCCCCCAGGUGGCCCGUCGUGGUGGCGGAGGGCGAGGGCCAGGGGCCGCUGGUCCGGGUGGACAUGAGCAUCGCGGAGGCCUGCCAGAAAUCCAAGCGCAAGAGCGUCCUGGCCGUGGGCGUGGGCAACGUCAGGGUCAAGUUCGGGCAGAACGACGCGGACCCCGGCCCCGCGGGGGAUUACGCGGAAGACGAGCUCAAGAACCACGCCAGCGAGCGCCGGCAGAAGGGGCCGGCCGAGCAGGAGCGCGCGGGCCAGGACGCGCCCCUCUACGGCAGCUCCUCCCUGGGGCGCGAGGAGGGGGCGCCGGGCAGGGCCACCGUGGCGGCCACCACCACCACCGCCAAGUCGCUGCUGGACAACAGAGUGGCGAAAAACAGCCGUGCGGACGCGGGCAGGCUGGCCGGGGAGGGGCAGCUGCAGAACAUCCCCAUUGACUUCGCCAACUUCCCGGCGCGCGUGGACCUGCCCGGGGCGGACGGCGCGCAGCCGGCGGCGGAGGACGAGCCGGUGCAGACGCCGCGCGGCCUGAGCGACCUGGAGAUCGGCAUGUACGCGCUGCUGGGCGUCUUCUGCCUGGCCAUCCUGGUCUUCCUGGUCAACUGCGCCGCCUUCGCGCUCAAGUACCGGCACAAGCAGGCGCCCCUGGAAGGCCAGGCCGCGGGGACGCACUCGCACGACUGGGUGUGGCUGGGCAACGAGGCGGAGCUGCUGGGCACCGCGCCGCCGCCGCCCCAGCGCGAGCACACGACGGUCAUCGACCGCGGCCCCGUCGCCGGCGCCUACGAGGAGGGCAGCCACCUGCUGCUCAACGGCGGCGCCCAGAAGCACGUGCAGAGCCAGGUGCACAGCGCGGCGGGGUUGGCGGGGUUGGCGUCCGGAGCGCGGCAGGGCAGGGACCACCCGAAGCAGGAGCCUCCGCACUCGCCCACCUCCAAGAGGAAGAAGGUCAAGUUCACCACCUUCACCACCAUCCCCGCGGACGACGGCUGCCCCACCGUGAACUCCAUCCUCGGCGGCAACGACGAGGACAUCAAGUGGGUGUGCUGAGACGCGGGCGGGGGCGCCCGGAGGACGCGGGGGCCGGUCUGGAGACGGCGGCGCGCGGGUGUCCUCUGGCCGGAGCGCUCCGCAGCCCGGCUGCCUUCCUUCGGGUCCGCGAGUCCAUGCAGGCUCCAAAAAUUGGCCCGCGCCGCCUCGUGGGGCAGGAGUUCUCGCUGGGCUGAGUGGGCAGGGCUGGGCCUCAGUGGCAGUGGGAAGUUUUGAAGCCGGGUAAGGGACUUUUUUUUUGUAUCAAGAGGGUUUUUUUUUUGUUUGUUUUUGUUUUUUUUUAGCAGUCCAGGGAUGGUGGAUUUUCAAAAGCCAGAGGAAUAAACUCGGGGAUAAAGGGACUGCAGACCAAGAUAUUAAACUGCACAUGGUGAAAUAAAUUAGAAAGGUUAUUUUAUGAGUCAACCUAUAAUACAGACAAUCUACCAAAAAUCAUUUGUUAAAAAAAAUGAAAAAGACAAAUAAAAAGAGAUAGAAAUAAUAAUCUGUUUAUAUUUCUAAUAAAGGAGCAAAACAUAAAAGUAGGGCCCUCUAGGAGACAUUUUCCAUUUUAGUUCACCAUUCCCGCUUUGACUGUCUACAAGGGGCUGCCUCUUGGGAUAGAACGAAGGAUUUUUAAAUCUUUACUUGAUAAUCUUUUCUUCUCUUUUCCAUGUUUCCUGUUGUUUGGUUUUUUUUUUC